AUGGAUAGCGCAGAGGACUCCGGGAAGGGUGGUUCUGGCCACGAGACGGAGGUGGUUGCAAUCGCUCCGGUCAGGAGGGAUGAACCCAUCGUCACGCGCAAGGAACUGUGGAGCUACUAUCUCUACUACAACGGUGACAAUGGCGUGGGCCCGAAUGGCUACUCCAUGACGCUGUUCCAGUCACUCGCGACCGCCGCAGGAUUCGACCCCGUCAAAGGUCCCGGAUCGAGCUGCUCCGCCGCUGAUGCCUCAGGUCAAUGUGUGCUGCCCUGGGCAGGUGGUACCAAGGCCGUGAGCUCCGUCGUGCUCGUCGCGAACGGAGUCAGUUUUGCAGUCAUGACCCUUAUAUUCACGACUAUCGGAUCCGCCGCGGAUUAUGGCGGGUUUGGACGGUGGCUGCUGCUCAUCCUGACUGUCAUUUGCUGGGGGGCUCAAUUUGCCAGCAUGUCUCUGACGUCACCCGACCGGUGGAGCGCUGCGAUGGCACUCUAUAUGAUCGGGUUUAUCUCUUACGGCGCGACACUCGUAUUCUACGCAGCCGUCUUCCCGCGCCUUGCGCGGAACACCCCGCACGCGCGUAGCCUUCGUGAGAAGUACGAGAGCGGGGAGAUCCCUGCCGAGGAAUACGAGGUCGAGGAGAGUCUCGAGAAGAACCGUAUUAGCAACAUCAGCACGAUGCAUAGCAACAUUGGGUACAUUUUCACCCUCGCGCUGAACCUCUCGCUUCUUUUGCCUCGUAUGAACGACCCGAGGGUGAACAACUAUGUGCUUGUUCUGACGAACGGAUACUGGGUGCUCCUCGGAAUUUGGUGGUUCAUCUUCCAGCAGCCCAGACCUGGACCCUCUCUUCCCAAGGGAGAACAUUACUUGACAAUUGGCUGGAAACAGAUCUGGGUCGCGUUCAAGCAGUACAAGAAGCUCCCAUACACCUUCAUAUACCUCAUAGCAUUCUUCCUGCUCGCUGACGGCCUGAACACGACCGGCACGCUUGUGUCAAUCUGUCAGAACGACAAGUUCAACUUCUCGUUCCUGCAGAACACGUAUCUCGGUCUUGCACAGGCCAUUACCUCCACAAUCAGUACGCUGGGCUUCUGGUACAUCCAGAAGUACUGGAAGAUCCCCACGAAGACCAUGUUCACGAUCACGAACGUCGUAACGAUCUUCAUCCCCCUUUGGGGCAUGAUCGGUAUCUGGACGACCAAGUUCGGCUUCCACAACGUCUGGGAGUUCUGGGCGUACAACGUCGUGUUCGGCCUCUUCCAGGCGCCGUACUACGCCUUCUCGCAGACGAUGAUGGCCGAGCUCACCCCGCCCGGGUUCGACAACAUGUUCUUCGGACUGUUCGGGCUCUCCAACCGUGCAUCCUCGAUGAUCGGCCCGAACGUGAUCCAGGCGAUCAUCGACCGCACGGGCGACAACUGGAAGGGCUUCCCCUUCCUCUUCGCGCUCUGCCUGUGCGCGAGCGUCGUGAUCUGGUUCGGGGUGGACGUGACGACCGGGCGGCGCGACGCGGUCGCGUGGGCGGAGAAGCACCGCUCGUACGCGGAGACGGGCGUGUUCACCUCGGAGGAGGAUGGCGUGUCUGCGCCUGUGGAGGACUUGAAGAAGAAGCUGUAG